AUGAAAAGGUUAGAAGAAAGGAGAACAAUUCACAGUAUCAAUCCAAAGGAAGAAGAUGGUAAAGAAACUGUUUAUCUUCCUGUGGAUAUGAUAAUAGAGAUUCUUACCAAACUGCCUGCAAGAUCGGUGUCCAAACUCAUAUGCCUCUCAAAACUUUGGUCAUCUAUAAUCCAAGGGAAGCAUUUUACCGACUUGUACCUUACACGAUCUUCUACUCGGCAUCUUCUUCUUUCAGGAGACGACAAGUUUUACUCUUGUCAGGAGAAUCCGUCUUCUUCUAAUCAUAGAACUACUCGGAAGACGAUCUCAGGGAUUCCAAUUUCCGCACCUGUCCGUGGCUUGAUCUGCUGUCUAGAUGUUUAUACUCAUGCGGUGACUGUUGGCAAUCCUAGCACGGGUCAAAUGUUCACUUUACCACCUAUCACGAAUGACUCAUCAUUGUUAUUUUGGAUAAAUUCCAGUUAG